GAGGGUCGGCCCGCUAUAUCGCUACGGCUGAGGAGCACUGGCUGCGACCCCGCGCCGCCGGGCACCGUCGCAGGGUCUCACUAUGUAGCCCAGGCCUACCUCGAACUUGCUGUGUAGCCCAGGCUGACCUUAAACCUGUGCUCUUCCUGCUUCUGCCUGUUGAGUGCUGGGAUUGCAGGCGUGCACCACCACGCCUGGCUGACGCUUUUCUUCUUGCUGCUGUCAUCAUGCCCACUUCGGUGCUGUGGGCGGUGGACCUAUUCGGGAGGGUGUACACGCUGUCCACGGCGGGCCAGUGCUGGGAGCUGUGCAAGGAUGCCCAGCUGGAGUUUAAGAGGGUCAGCGCGGCCACGCAGUGCUGCUGGGGCAUCGCGUGUGACAACCAGGUCUACUUGUAUGUGUGUGCCAGCGAUGUCCCCAUCCGCCACCGAGAGGAAGCCUACGAGAACCAGCGCUGGAACCCCAUGGGCGGCUUUUGUGAGAAGCUGCUGCCGAGUGACCGCUGGCCAUGGAGUGAUGUGAGUGGGCUCCAGCCCCGGCCGCUAGAUGGGGUUGCACUGCUGUCACCCCACUGGGAGUGGGAGUCAGACUGGUACGUGGAUGAGAAUUUUGGAGGGGAGCCCACCGAGAAAGGGGGGUGGACAUAUGCCAUCGACUUUCCCGCAACCUACACGAGAGACAAGAAGUGGAAUUCAUGUGUACGACGGCGGAAGUGGAUCCGGUACCGGAGAUACAAGUCCCGGGACAGCUGGGCUAAGAUCCCUUCAAAGGAUGACCCCAAGGAGCUGCCUGACCCCUUCAAUGACCUCUCCGUGGGGGGGUGGGAGAUCACAGAGGAGCCUGUGGGCCGCCUGUCAGUGUGGGCUGUGUCUCUCCAGGGAAAGGUGUGGUACAGAGAGGGUGUCAGCCACCCCAACCCAGAAGGCUCUUCAUGGUCCCUGGUAGACACUCCCGCGGAGGUGGUCCAGAUCAGUUGUGGGCCCCACGACCUCCUGUGGGCCACCCUCUGGGAGGGCCAGGCCCUGGUCCGGGAAGGAAUCAGCCGGAACAACCCUAAAGGAAGUUCCUGGUCUAUUGUGGAGCCUCCCGGGUCUGAAAACGGGAUCAUGCAUGUCUCUGCGGGCGUCAGCGUGGUCUGGGCUGUCACCAAGGACCGGAAGGUCUGGUUCCGGAGAGGUGUCAAUUCACACAAUCCCUGUGGCACCAGCUGGGUGGAGAUGGUCGGAGAGAUGCUGAUGGUGAACGUGGGGCUGAAUGACCAGGUUUGGGGCAUCGGCUGUGAGGAUCGAGCUGUAUACUUCCGGCAGGGUGUCACCCCCAGCGAGCUCAGUGGGAAGACAUGGAAAGCCAUCGUCGUAGGUCGAGACAGUGACCGGUCCCAAUCUGGCAGCUCAUCGAGCCUCCUCAGUGCUGGCUGCUUCUUUGGUGAUGAGGUGAGGGGCAGCGGUGAGUCUGCGCCCAGUGACACCGAUGCCUCCUCAGACGUUGAGAGGCGGGGGCCUGAGCAGCCUCCCCCUGAAGAGUCUCUGGAAAAUUCCAGGAGCCCAGAAGAAUGCUUGGCCUCGGGCGCUGACCCCAGAAGUACCGUAGAGUGUGCGGUGGAGAACACCUGUCCAGCCGGGGACAGAGGAGAGGCCGCUCAGGCCUCCAGCCCUGCUGAGCUGCCCUGGACCAAUAUUGACUUGAAGGAGCCCAAGAAGGUGGUCAACCACUCAGCUGCCAGCUUUCCAGAGACCACAGGCCUCUCCUCCUUGGGCCUCUUCCCACUGGGCAUGGAGGAACCGUAUGGGGCCGAUGACCACCCUCUGUGGGCCUGGGUGUCCGGAGGUGCCUGCGCAGUGGAGGCAGGCUCUGUGCUCAAGUGGUUCACUGUCCUGUCUGGCCUGUCCCCCUCGGUGCAGACCCUAUCCCUAUCCAUCACGCCGGCCCAGACUGCUGCCUGGAGGAACAAGCGGGAGCUGGAGAACUUCAGGCACUACGAGCAGGCUGUGGAGCAGUCGGUGUGGGUGAAAACGGGGGCUCUGCAGUGGUGGUGCGACUGGAAGCCCCACAAGUGGGUGGACGUCCGCGUGGCCCUGGAGCAGUUCACAGGACACGAUGGGGCCCGAGACAGCGUCCUGUUCAUGUACUACGUGGUCCACGAGGAGAAGAAGUACCUCCACGUGUUUCUCAACGAAGUGACCGUGCUGGUCCCCGUGCUCAAUGAGGCCAAGCACUCCUUUGCCCUGUACACCCCUGAGAGGACCCGGCAAAGGUGGCCUGUGCGUCUGGCUGCUGCCACCGAGCAGGACAUGAAUGACUGGCUUGCCCUGCUCAGCCUGUCAUGCUGUGAGAGCCGGAGAGUCCACGGCCGUCCAUCCCCACAGGCCAUCUGGUCCAUCACGUGCAAGGGAGACAUCUUCGUGAGUGAGCCCAGCCCAGAUCUGGAGGCCUGCGAGCACCUGCUACCCUGCGACCAGAUGUUCUGGCGGCAAAUGGGAGGCCACCUGCGAGUGGUGGAAGCCAGCAGCCGCGGUGUGGUGUGGGGCAUCGGCUAUGACCACACGGCCUGGGUGUACACGGGGGGCUACGGCGGAGGCUGCUGCCAAGGCCUGGUCAGCAGUGCCAGCAACAUCUACACGCAGUCAGAUGUGAAGAGCGUCUACAUCUAUGAGAACCAGCGCUGGAACCCUGUCACGGGCUACACCAGCAGGGGUCUGCCCACAGACCGGUACAUGUGGAGUGACGCCUCGGGGCUGCAUGAGUGCACCAAGGCCACCACGAAGCCCCCAUCCUUGCAGUGGACAUGGGUUUCUGACUGGUUUGUGGACUUCAGCGUCCCAGGUGGCACGGACCAGGAAGGCUGGCAGUAUGCCAGUGACUUCCCUGCCUCUUACCAUGGGUACAAAACCAUGAAGGAUUUUGUCAGGAGAAGGUGCUGGGCCAGAAAAUGUAAGCUGGUGACCAGUGGUCCUUGGCUGGAGGUGGCCCCCAUCGCCCUCGGGGACGUGUCCAUCAUCCCAGAGAGCCCGGACACCGAGGAAUGUGGGCACAGCAUUGCACUCUGGGCUGUCAGUGACAAGGGGGACGUGCUGUGCCGCCUGGGUGUGUCUGAGCUCAACCCUGCGGGCUCCUCCUGGCUACACAUCGGCACUGACCAGCCCUUUGCCUCCGUCUCCAUCGGGGCCUGCUACCAGGUGUGGGCCGUGGCCAGGGAUGGCUCUGCGUUCUAUCGGGGCUCUGUGUCUCCCUCCCAGCCGGCCGGUGACUGCUGGUACCACAUCCCGUCUCCUCCCAAGCAGAGGCUGACACAGGUGUCGGUCGGUCAGACAUCCGUGUACGCCUUAGAUGAAAAUGGGAACCUGUGGUACCGCGGGGGCAUCACGCCCAGCUACCCGCAGGGCUCCAGCUGGGAACAUGUAUCCAACAACGUGCGCAGGGUGUCCGUGGGGCCCCUGGACCAGGUCUGGGUCAUUGCCAACAAAGUCCAGGGAAGUCACGGGCUGAGCCGGGGGACAGUGUGUCGUCGCACGGGUGUGCAGCCCCGGGAGCCCAAGGGGCAGGGCUGGGACUACGGCAUCGGGGGAGGCUGGGACCACAUUUCUGUCCGGGCCAACGCCACCAGGGCCCCUCGGAGCAGCUCUCGGGAGCAGGAGGCCCACGGCCCCGUUUGCUGCUGAGGCCGCAUCUCGUGGAGGCUGGGACGGUUCGGGCUUGAAGGAUCGGGCUGAGCCCAUCUUGUGCGGAGGUGCGGGCGCAGCAGGGUGUCACUCCAGCCAAGUCAGAGGGAGCCUGGCCAAGGCCACUUAAGAGGCAGUGGCAGAAACUGGAAGCUCUGUGGACAGUCCUCCAUGUGUCUCCCAGUCCCCGGGGGGAGGUGAGGGAGAGUCACCUGGGCCUGGUCCCUCAGGCCCAGCCUGUGCCACCUGUCUCUUCCCCCUCUGCUUCCUCCCUUCCAGGCCCAGAACUAGAAUCAGAGCCCUGCAGGUGCCCUGGCACGGGGACGCCAUGGGGAGGAGCCCUCCUGAGUCUGGUGCCCCAAAUUGUAUCUGGGCCCUGCCCACCCCCUCCUCCAAAGACAAGAAACGGCCUGGGUCUGAGGUGGCUGGGGGUGGACCCUUUCCUGGGGUGGUCUGGGAGGUGGAAUCGCACAGGGUCCCCAUCUGAAACCGUCGGCAGCAACAGAGUCUCCUGGUACCUCAGAUCAUGUCGCAGGUGGCCAGGGGGCACAGUGGAACCAGGUGACAUCCUGGGGCCACAAGAUCACUCAGGAAACAGGACUGUGUCUGUUGGGCAGGGUGUGGACAGAGCCCCAAGCCAUCCUGUGGCCUGGGCAGGGCAGAAGGCACCUUGUGCCCCAAGGCGAGUCCUGCCUGGCCAGGCAGAGCAAGAGCAAGUGCUUGGCUGGUGGCCUGGCUCCUGUGGGUGCGGCUUCUCUGUGUGCCCUGGGGGAGGGGGGGACGUCACUUUUACUUCCUACAUCUGGACACUCCCCAGAAGGUGGCCAGAGGCAGCUCUGUGUCUGCUCAUUCAGGGACAGAACGAGUGGGCUAACUGGGUUCACCAGGCUCCUGCCUGUCCCGUGGCCAGGAGGGGUUCUGCUUGGCUGUACAGGGUUUGUCACCUGACGCUGGCUCCUGCAGGGAUCUGAGGCGGGACAAGGAGUGUCGGCACAGAGGGGCCCUGUGGGUGGCCGUCCCUGUCUGUCCACCGGUGUCAGGGUUCUCAUUGGCAGCAUGCGCUGUCCCCCACAACUGUGACCGUCACUGCAGGUGGCUCUCAGCAAGGCCCCGUGAGAGUGUCACGCCACCCUUUCUCCAGGGUGGCGUGUCUUCUUGCUGCUGAGCACCGACUGUUUACUUGUUCAGCACUUCCGAACUGUCUUGUCAAUAAAAGA